CAAUUUUCAAUCGACGAGGAGGGAAGAAAGACUUAAAAGUUCAAAAGAUGUUCUGUUUAAGAUAUUUCUUACCUAUCUUACUCUUCUUUCCUUUCCCAACUGCUCCCUCAUUUCUCCUGCUAUUCUUCUUAGUCUCAAUGGCAACUCAACAUAGACCUUGUGCUUAUUGCUCACUCUUGCUUUCGGCGAUCUUGGUCUCUACUUGUUCUUGGAACAUUGCUUCACUCGAUGUUUCUCCAGUCUAUCCUAGACGGUUCAACACACCUUUCAAGCCUACGAGUCAAUAUUAUUCACAGGACCGGAAAACUAUGCUUUAUAAAUCGAAUGACACGCCAAGUAUGGCCAGUGAAUCUAAUCCGAUCGAAGUGGAUGCUUCUUUCAGUGGACAAACCCCACCAGCACCACCUGUCGAAGCAUACGAACUGAAAUCUGUUCAUAGAUGCUGGUUUCACUCGAAUAUCGCCAAACCCUUCGAUCCGAUCUGGUCAGCUGAUGAAUACCAUUCAAUUCGUGACGAUCGAUCCUCACACGCUCCUCAAAGUUCUUCAAAACCUCAACUGAUGAAAGAAGGGAAUCUAGAAGACCCAAACACUGUCACUCAAGAUAAGAACUCUAAGCCUGAUGAAAAAGUAAAACAACCCCGAAGACAAUUGAACACACUUCUCUCGCCUCUUUGGAGCCCAAUCCGACGUCUUUCAUCUAUCAAAACUAAUGAAUAUUGUGGCGAAGAAAAUGGAAAGGAUAACCACGGAACAGAAAUCAAAGAUGACGGUUUGAAUGUUUCAUCAAAUGGAUCUGGAUCAACUUCAAGCGAUCAAACUGGGACUCAAACCUACUACCGAAGCUCAUUCUCACGUACACCACUCCUAUACACAUAUUUUAUUCGUCAUAUUAUAAACUUUAUCGGAUCUUAUCUACCAUCUUUACCAGUAAUCUAUCGUUUGAUGUCAAUCUUGAAUCAAAACUUACCAAUGUUAUCAAAACUUUCAACUUUAACCGAAUUUUUUAAUCCAUUGGUUUCGGUCUUCAAGAUGAUUUAUGAAAGAAGUUUUAAUGUAUUCAGACAUGUUGUGGAUUUCUCUUCAAAUCCGAUUUAUGUGGGAUGGAAAGAUUUGUUUUCUAUUAGGAUUGUCCUGGGGUCACCUCCACCUGUGAUGAUGUCAAAACCGUGAAGGAUAAAUCAAUCAAGAAAGUCAAAGAGGCAUGGCGUGAAGUCCUAUCAAGAUCGAGAGCAUUUUAGUACAUAGCAUGAUCUUUUGAGGAAAUUAAGCGCUUUGUAAUAUGUAUGAUGAUCCUUCUCACUUGUAUUUUUUGUGGGUCGUUGGAAGGGAUUGAUGAUUAAAUUGAGCAUAUAAGACCACGUACACCUGUGCAGUUCUGUGGUCAAUUCAUGUUAGAAUUUCAUCAUGAACAGGUCGACAAACUAAUCAACAUGAAUAACUCAAAAUUAUUUGCUCUGAGCUAUCCUCAUUCAAGAUCAAACUUUCUUCUUCCAUAGGUCAUUUUUUUUUGAUAUGAAUAAGAUGGGCAUAGCGUGAUAUUUAUCACAAUUUGGUCAAGUUAGCUAUGCACAGGCAGACAGCUGUCUCGAUUUUUUCUUU